UCUCCUGCCGCAUGCGAAAAGAAGCUUAGACAAAGCCAGGAAAGACAUAGAGUCGGUGCUGCCAAACUACUUCCAAACUUUUGACGCGUCUGCCGAAACCGCUGCUGCUUUGCAAGAGGAAGAUUGCUUUGCUUUGCUAUGUCGCUUUGUCGCCUUUGUCGAAAACACGAAUUUCUAUGAAUCCAGGAAUGCUGCCCGCAUGGCUUUGCCUGUCCCUGUGCGCUUGAACCUGCACCAAGAAGAAGCUCGCGUCCUUCACAACCUUAAGUCCCACAUAGAGCUUCUAGAAGCGUACAGAUGGCAUCAAAUUUCAGCCCGAAGACAAGAGAAGUCUUUACAGAAUCUUCGCGAUGGAGGUCUUCCACCGGAAGGAUUGCUUGUGCAAAUAGAUUUUAAGGAGAAUUGGCAUGCGCAGAACAAGCUUUCCUUGACUGUUUUUGGAGCUAGCAUCAUUGCCCCACUUCGAACAGGAGGUCACAAAGAAUUCUAUGUUCUGUUGGUUUCAGAAAUUUUGGAUCACGAUGCGCAAGCUGCCAACAUGAUGUUAAAUACAAUCUUGGGGGUCAUCAAGCAGCAUCCGCUAGUCGAUUGGACGCGAAUUGGCACAAUGUGGCUUGUUUGCGAUUGUGGGCCACACUUCCGUUCCUAUGAAAACGCUGCCCACUUCCUCUACACGCUGGUGAAGACUCUCAAGCUGCAGGUCCAUGUUCUGUAUCUAGGUGAGCAGCAUGGAAAAGGUGCUUGUGACCGCUUGUUUGGCUGGACAAAUGAGUGGCUCACAGUUUACGUCCAACAUUCUCCUGUCCAUGGCCUUCCUAGCCUUGUUGAUGCGUAUUCCAGAGGCGCGGAACGCAUGAUGCGUGAAGACCCAACUGGCCCCAAAUUCCUCAUUAAAACCUUUGACCCUGGAGAGAAACGGCCCUCAUCGCGCAACACUUUCCAAUGCCCUGGCUUCAAGAUAACCCGCACGUACAGCCUCUCUGCAAAGCCCAGUGUGUAUUCUUCGUCUGGCGUUUCCAUUCGGGACAAUGUUUUCAGUGACAUGUCUGCCACGGAGAUCCUGAGUGGCUGGUCCAUUGCUGACUUUGUGACGCCCCUCGAGAAUGAAGUUUGGCGCCGUGGGUACUAUGACAAGCCUCGUGCUUGGGAAUCUGUUGGCCCUCAAGCAGGUGAUGUAACAGAACUCACUCGCAACAAAGCAUCUGUCAAGAAACGUCGCCAACUUCGAGUCUUGCGGAAUGAACCUACGGAUUCCUCUUCUUCGUCUACUUCCUCGUCUUCGUUUACUUCUACCGCAUCUGAUGCCUGA